CUUCUUUUCUUUCUUUCAUAUAUAUAUAUAUAUAUAUAUAUAUAAUACAUGGUGGGUCUUCAUUUUAUUGGAGAUUAUUUCAUUUCCUCUACAAUUGGAUAUGGAUCAACAGGACAAGUAAAGCUUGGGAUACAUCAAAUAAGUGGAACAAAAGUAGCUAUCAAAAUCAUUCCACGUAGAGAGCUUGAUUCAUCUUUAAAAAUUAAGCAAGCAGUUGAACGAGAGCUGGCUGUAUUACAACUUUUAAAUCAUCCAAACUUAAUUGAACUUUAUCAAAUAUUACAAGAUGAGAGAAACAUCUAUUUUAUUAUGGAAUAUGUUCCUGGAGGUGAAUUAUAUUCUAUUUUAAAUGAAAAACCGGAUAGACGAUUAAAUGAAAUAGAGGCCCGAGAGAUAUUUAAGCAGAUAGCAGAUGCUUUAAUCUGGUGUCAUGCUCAUCAUAUCUGUCAUCGCGAUCUAAAGCUGGAGAAUAUCUUAUUAGAUGAAGGAAAAAGGAAUAUCAAGAUUGCUGACUUUGGUAUGGCAAUCAUGCAACCAACGACUCAAUUAUUAAAAACAAGUUGUGGCUCACCACAUUAUGCUAGUCCUGAAAUUGUUAGAGGAAUUCCUUACUAUGGACCAGCAGCAGAUGUUUGGUCAUCUGGAGUUAUUUUAUAUGUAUUAAUAAUAGGAAAAUUACCAUUCGAUGAUCAUCACCUGGGUCGAUUAUUGACAAAAAUAAAAGUAGGACGUUUCAGACGAAUACCUAAUUGGGUAUCUCCACUCGCCAAAGAUCUUUUAUGUAGAAUGUUAACUGUGGAUCCAAAUAAAAGAUUAAGUUUUAUUGAUAUAUUAUCACAUCCUUGGAUGAUAUCAUCACCUAGUAUCUAUUGUAAUAAUAUACUUCUUUCGUCUACAUUAUGGAAUGAUGAAAAAUUAAAAUAUCCUUCAAUAUCCAAUUCAAGUGACUUGCAUGGUCCCACAAGGGAAACAUUAAAGGUUUUGUGGAGGGAUCUGAAUGAUAAUCAAAUAGAGUCUGCACUAAUGAAAAGAAGCCCAAAUGUUCAAAAGCUUACGUACUAUUUAUUACAACAAACACAAAGAAAGAAGAAAAAAGAAGAGUCGACAUAUUUUACCAGCGAUAAUAAACAAAAAAUGGUAAAGCAACCACCAAAUACGAUUACAGCUGAUAAGUCUCCAACACUACAAUUAUUAGAGCCAAAUAUAAUUCAUCGUCACCAAAGUAAAAGUUAUUUAAAACAUAUAUUGAUUUAUCCCCAAGAGCAACAUAAUAGACCAAUUGCAAUUAAAGCACUUGUAAAUCAAAAAUUAAAUACAAUUCAUACAACCUGUCUUCAUGCAUUAUCUCCUCAUACAAUCAUCACUACUUCGUCUCCCAACUUAUUACCUCAAGGCUUGCUAUCAUUUAUGCCUCAUCAUAAUAACUUAACUACAUCUUUAGUAACAAAAUUAGUACGACGUCAUACAGCCUAUUUGACGUCAAUCACUACAAAACUAGUCAACACAUGUACAUCUUUAUUUGGAUCAAGGAAACGAAAGGGAGUAAGCAAAAAUUAUUGUGAAGAAAAGACAAUCUCUUGUAUUGCAGAAUCACAGAAUAUGGCUGCAGGAAAAUUACAUUAUAUUUUAUCAGAACAUUUUCAGGGUUAUGUUAAUGGAUACAUGUACUCUAAUGGUAAAAUAAUUUGGUAUGGGAAGCUAGAUGACAGCCCUUAUUAUAAUACUAAUUUUAUUUGCAGAAUUCAAAAAGUCGAAAUAGAAGAUGAUAAAGCCUUGUUGUACAAGAUUAUCUUUUCUGUACAUAACAGUAAUAGCUCAAUGAUUGAACGUAUCAUGUAUUUACUUACUUUAUAUGAAAAUGAGUCUAUUCAUUCAAUUCGAGUAAAUAACUGGGAGAAGAGAAUAAUAAAUGAAUAAAUGAUGUCUAUAUUAUAGCAUCAUCGCAACUACUACAACAGUAAUAAAAUGAUAUGAUUAUACACGAGUGACGUGAAUGCUUAUGAUGAUGAUAUUUUAAAGUUUAAAACCCUU